AUGUUCUAUCGCACGACGCGAUCACGGGAAAAGAGCAAAGAUUUGAACAGAUCAAAGAAGAUGCAGUACCACUUAUUUAAUGCCAUCCUUGGCCUGGUUGCUGCCUUUUUAAUAGGUCGCCUGCCCUUUGUCUCAACGGAGAAAUUGCACGGAGCGAGUGAAUGCGAUUCUUCUGCGGUCACUCCGAUUACCGUUCUUGUGGUCGGGGCAACUGGCGCUACAGGCAAGCAUGUUGUUCAGCAACUGUUGGAGAUGGGGCACAAUGUCAGGGUUGUUGUCCGAUCCCGACGACGCAUGCUUGAUAUGGUCGAUUUUCAACCAAGCGAUCAUUUUGUCGUCACGGAAGCCUCAAUUCUUGAACUUGGCGACGAAGAUCUAAAGCAAGAAGUAGAAGGCGUCGAUGCUGUUGUAAGCUGCCUAGGUCAUAACAUGGACUUCAAUGGCAUUUUUGGACAGCCACGCAGCCUGGUGUCUUUAGCUACGUCGAAAUUGACGGAAACCAUGAAAGCCACCGCGAAAGCUGGUCGGCCAAAAAAGUUCAUUCUAAUGAAUUCUGACGGUGUCGCGCAUCCCGCUGGCACCGAUGACACGCGGCCAGUUCUGGAGCGUAUACUUUUGGGAGUACUUCGACUCCUCAUUCCACCUGUGAAAGACAACGAAAAGGCGGCCAAAGUCGUUCAUGAAUUCCAAAGCAAUGGUACGAUUGAGUGGGUUGUCAUUCGUCCAACAGACCUAAUUGAUGGUCAACCUACAGAGUACGUUCUUUACGACAAGCCGGUUGGGUCGCUAUUUGGUGGAGGGGUAACUACGCGAGCAACCGUGGCCAAGUGUAUUGUGGACCUGAUUCUGGAUCAAGUACUAUGGGAGAAGUUCAAAUUUCAAAUGCCUGUGUUGCAUGACUCCAAGCAGAACUAG